AUGCCUAUCGGGCCCUCGCUGCCUCCCCACCUCGCAAAACGCGCGCGCGACGACGACGACGAGAACAAGGGAUCUACGAGCCCAGAGUCCGGCGAGAAGCGCCGCCGGAUUCUAGGACCAGCUCCUCCGCCCGCCCAACCCUCACUUCCGCGCACAGCAGGGCCCUCAUUACCGCCCCAGUCGCGGUCGAGAUCCAGCAGUGAAGACAGCCAUGUCGGCCCUGCACCUCCGCCGCCUCCAAAGCCAGCACGCGUGCUAGGACCGGCGCCUCCCCCAGCUCCUCUUGACGAGCGGCCGCCAAACCCGCCCUCGGACGACUCGGACAGUAGCGAUGACGACUUCGGGCCUGCUCCUCCCCCUGCAGGUGCAUCCUACACCUCGUACGAUGCCCCGUCCUCGAGACCCGCCAAGUCAGCCUUCGAUACAGAUCCGCAGUACAGCGAGGAGAACAAGAAGGUGCAGCGUGAUUCAUGGAUGACGAUGCCUCCUACACAAGACGAUCUGGCAGCGCGCAUGGACCCGACCAAGAUGCGAGCCCGUAAAUUCAACACGGGCAAGAGCGCGGGCGCCGGUGGUGCAGGCGGCAUGGACAUAUGGACCGAGACUCCGGAGCAGAAGUUAAAACGAUUGCAGGACGAAGCCAUGGGUAUUUCGGCCCACUCGAACUCUUUGACGUCAAAGAAAGAGACGCGUCGGAAUAGGGACGAGGAAGAGAAGACGAUGAGGAUGAGGGAAAAGCUCGAGGCAUCGCGCGGCAAAAGUCUGGUCGAGGCACAUGAAGCAAAGACUGGCAAAGAGAAAGAGGACGACCCUAGCAAACGCGCGUUUGACUACGAGAAGGACAUGGCAUUGGGUGGGAAGGUGAACCACAAGCAGAAGCGGGAAAUGCUCAACAAGGCCAAGGGCUUCGGUGAUCGCUUCUCGAGCGGCAGCUUUCUCUGA